AAUGAUUAGCGGGACCUUCUCCUUCUCCUCCUCGUCUUCGCCUCCAAUGGCGGUUCCCCCAAAACCCUAUCCCUAAUUCCCCUCAGAUCUCCCCCUAAUGGUGUUCUUUGGGAUGCUCUAGGGCCUCCCAACAAUGGCGAUCGUCACCGGCGACCGCUACAUCGACUCGCUUGUCCGUUUUGUGGAUCGCCGCGCUGACUCCCUCCUUGAUGGCUCGCUGACUCUUCGUCUUAACCCCCUUGGUCUCCGCUAUGUCCAGUCGCGUCUUGAUGCGUUGCAGGAGCUUGAGGGCUUGCUUGCUGGUGCCCCUGUUGAUUACCUUCGCGCCUAUGUCUCUGACCUUGGUGAUCACCGCGCGCUUGAGCAGCUAAGGAGGAUUCUUGGGCUGUUGACUUCUUUGAAGGUGGUUUCUGUUCUUCCACCGCCGAGGGACCCUACGCCUCUGUCGUUGGUGUCGUUUGCGAGGUUGAAGGUGCUGGAGUUGAGAGGUUGUGAUUUGUCGACAUCUGCUGCUAAGGGUUUGCUCGGGCUCCGCGGUUGCCUUGAGAAGCUUAUUUGCCAUAAUUCCACUGAUGCCCUCAGGCAUGUAUUUGCCAGUAGGAUUGUAGACAUAAAGGACUCACCAGUGUGGAGCCGGUUGUCUUUUGUCUCGUGCGCUUGUAAUGGGUUGGUGCUCAUGGAUGAGUCCUUGCAGUUGCUUCCUGUUGUUCAAACCCUUGACCUGAGUCGGAACAGUUUCGCAAAGGUGGAUAACCUUAGGAAUUGCACAAAGUUGCGGCACCUUGAUCUUGGUUUUAAUCACUUACGGACAAUUGCUUCAUUAAGUGAGGUUUCAUGUCCAAUUGUUAAACUGGUAUUGAGGAACAAUGCUUUGACAACUUUGCGAGGGAUAGAGAAUUUGAAGUCAGUUCAAGGUCUUGAUCUUUCCUACAACAUUAUUUCCAGCUUUACUGAAUUGGAGAUCCUUGCAAGCUUGUCAUGUCUCCAAAACUUAUGGUUGGAAGGAAAUCCAGUUUGUUGUGCCCGCUGGUAUCGAAGCCAUGUUUAUAGUUUUUUCUCACAUCCUGAAAAGUUAAAAUUAGACGACAAAGGAAUUAGCACAAGGGAGUAUUGGGAGAGGAAUAUCAUUCUUGCAAGCAGGCAAAAGCAACCUGCUGGUCAUGGAUUUUAUUUUCCAGCAAAACAUGAUUCUAGUAAUGAUAGCAGUAUACAUCUGAAGAGGAAAAAGAAUUCUCGCCUUGCUUGCAUUGAGGAUGAGGAGCAGAGAAGAUAUUUACUCGCAGAUGCCUUGGAUCAGGAAUCAGCAUCUUGCGACAGUGAUAAUGCGAAGAAAGAUGAAAAUACUAUUUCUGACAGUGAGACAGAAAUAGUUAAUUUAAGGAAUAGGGUUGAGUGCCUGAAGAAGGAAAGAUCGGUUCUUUGGUUGCGGGAGUUUAAAGAGUGGAUGGAUCAGAGCACCAUGGAUACUUUGGAAAGGAGUAACUGUAUAGAGUUUAAGACAGUACCCAGUGGAGAAGAGGGUGUCCAACAAAGAACUAUUCCAGAUCAUUUUGGUGAGAGCUCAAGGUAUGUCCAAGAUCCAGUUCUAGCUUCAGAAGGUGGGAGUAGCUCAAACAUUUUGGAUUCAGAUAUGUCAUUUACAGAUACUCAUACGAGUGCCCCGGAUACCAAGUUUGUUGACGCUAAUGGAAAAGCCAUAUUGGAACCUUUAAGGGUGAAUGGUACCCUAUUUUCUAUAAAUGCCUCUGGUGAAAAAAUUGCUGAGGCCACUACAGAUCAAGGCCAUCGUAAAUCUCAUUUGCCAAUGAAAGGUGUAUUUCUUUAUGGUUCUUCUUCAGUUGAGGGAAGUGAUCAGACUGAAUCAAAGAAUCAUUCAGCACCACUUGCUGUCAUUGACGAGAUAAUUGGAUCUCGGUCCUCUUCCACUUUGCCUGGGUCACCUCCACAAUAUAAGGAGGAUAUUCUACACCGCCGCCUGAACUUAGAGGAGGAGUUCUGGCAACAAUCAGCUGAGAGUCUGUCUCUAGCAUCAUCCGACAGUGAUACCAGCUGUAGUGAUGAUGAGUCAUGUAAGUUUGAUUCAUCAGCCUUCGAACUUUAUCCACUAUCCACUCAGGAAUUAGUUAAACGGCCCACUAGUGUGGCCACUUCCGCAACAGAUGAGGUAAAUCAUGAUGAGCGAAGGCAUGAUCAUCCAUAUUCCAAACAUGAUAUUUCGUCCUGUGAAGAAAAAGAGUUAAGAAUCAAAAAACAAUUAUCACCCAAUUGCGAUGAACCUAUUUCCAACCACAAUGCUACGGAUGUAAGCGCCAAUGGUGUCAAUCAAAAGCUUAAUCAAAGUAUUGGUAGCAUGAAGAACUUGAAAGGAAAACAAAAGCUCAGACGGAAAUUAAUUUCGCUUUUGGAUAAUUUCAGAGUUUCCAGAAAGGUAGAAGAGUCUCAAAAUUAUAAUCAGUUAGAAGUAGAGGAAGUUGAUAUGGAAGCGCCAAACCGGCUUGUAGGCAAUGAGAAUUCUACUUAUAUUUCAGUGGAAGAAACUGAUGUCAUUUUGUCACACGAUUAUGCAAGCAUUACACCUACUGUUUCUUAUUCCUCUCUCUUGAAGACAGAGCCAAACUCUCUUGAACCUGUUCCUGUUGAAGCAAUAAGGGAGUUUUUCCAUGUAAACAUUGCUGAUUCUGAUGCUCAUGAAACUUGUGAAGCAUUAAUUCGUUGUGAUUGUGCAUUCCAACUUGAAUCAGCUUAUCAAGAGAGAGAAAUUGCUAUACUGCGGAGUAGUAAGAGUAGAUUGUACCUGCUGCCCAUUGAUGGAGUAUCGGAUGGGCGAGGAACUCGACCAACUGUUUUAGGAUGCUAUAGCCUUGAAGAUAUAAGUGAGAUUGUUGUGGGUCUAGCAUUGCAAGCCUUGAGGAUACACAUGGAGGGUGACAUCAACUAUCUGUUUCUGACAAGGACUAUAGAUAAAGCAAGAGAUUUACUCUGUCUGUUACUGGGUUUUGAUUCAAGAGGAUUACAAAGUAAUGGGUUUCUGCGAAGUUGGGAGAAGGUCCAGAUCAAAAUGCUUGAGAAACAUGUACAUGAAAAUCUUAAGAUUGGCAUACAUUUUUACUCAACAUUACUGUUGGAUUGUGGUUCUCUAGCAGGAGAACGGUGGGUUCCCAGAUCUCUGUUCAUACUCGAAGGACAUAUGAUCAUGUGCGUGGAGAACUUCAAGCUAUUUGGAUCUUCAAUUGAUGAUAUGCAGUCACCCUCCUCAUAUUACUCUGUUGAUUCUUGCUGCUCCAUUUGGAACAUAUUUGAAGUGGUUGUUGAACUUGAUAAUAUGUCUACUACCUUAACUCUUGACCUGAAGAACUCCAGCAACUCUUUCAUUAUUGACAACAUUGAAAAGGAAAGCAAACUAGAGAACAAUACUCAUGCUUCAACAUGGAAACUGAAAUGGUACUCCAAGGACACUCUUCUUAAGUUUUUAACCUUGAUCAAGGCGAUUCAUGCAGAGCUCUCAGAGCGUCCUUUACAUGUAAAAUAUGUAUCUUAGUAUGUUCAUAUAGCCCGUGUUUCGCAUUCUUUUCUUUUUACUCUAUUCUUUUGCAUCAUAUUGUCUGAUUUCUUUUUGUACAGCUAUCCCUUUGUGUUUUUCUGAGUGCCAAGCAAUAUUCUUUUAUUUGUGUAGUAAGGUGUAAAGAUGUAUAGUGUGAGAUCCAGUCCAAUUGUAAAGUAUCAUUUGUUGGUUUUGUGUCUUGCUCCAACAUUUAGACCAGAUUUGUGGACAAUUUUGAGUUGUUUCUUUAUUCUUA